AUGAAUUCAGGAAAUAUGCAGCAGCAGCAACAGGCCAGAGAAGGUAGCGAGACCAAAGAGCCUUCUGCCCAUAUUCCAGUCGUCGAUUUCUCCGAUUGGAAAACAGACAGUCCGCCAGAAAAAAGGAUGAAAGUCGCCAAAGAGAUCGUGUCGGCAUGUCAGAAUGUCGGCUUUGCAUAUAUUAUCAACCAUGCCAUUCCCAGAGAGCGUUUGGCUGAGGCCUUUGCAUGGUCAAAAAAGUUUUUCGACCUCUCGCCUGAGCAAAAGCUCCAGGCACCACAUCCAGAUGGCUCCUCGAUCCAUCGGGGAUAUUCCUGGCCAGGUCUCGAAAAAGUAUCACAGGCAAUGGGUGAUAAGGCCAUGCCAGAGUUAGUGAAGGAGCUGCGAGAGAUUACCGAUUAUAAGGAGAGCUAUGACAUGGGAAGCGAGGAGGAUUCCUAUCAGCCAAACGUCUGGAUUCCCGAAGAGACACUUCCCGGCUUCCGAAGCUUUAUGAUGGAGUUCUACUGGGAAUGCUUCGCCGUUGCUAAGGAUAUUCUUAGAGCAAUAUCCGUUGGCAUUGGUCUUGAAGAUGCGAAUCAUCUUAUCAAAUUCCACUCUGGUAAUAAUAACCAACUUCGCCUCCUCCACUAUCCUCCCUUACCGGCCGCGGCGUUGGAGAACGAACAAUGUGCUCGUAUGCCUGCUCACACAGAUUGGAGCUCUAUAACAAUGCUCUUCCAGGAUGAGUGUGGCGGUCUAGAAGUUGAAGAUAUCAAGCGGCCAGGCCAGUUCAUUCCAGCCACCCCGAUUAAAAACGCCAUUGUCAUGAAUGUUGGAGAUCUCCUCCAAAGAUGGAGCAAUGAUAACCUUCGUUCAACUUCCCACCGUGUCACUAUGCCGCCCCUAGCAGAUCGGCUUGAUGGACCCAAUCGCAUGGUUAGGGAACGUUACUCUAUCCCGUAUUUCAUCGGCCCGGACCCAACGUCAGUUAUAGAAUGUCUUCCUAGCUGCACAAGCCCAAGUAAUCCAUCCAAAUAUCUUCCCAUUACCCAGAGUGAAUAUAACAGAAUUCGGGCCAUGAUGCACUACCCAGAUAAAGCUACUGAACCAGGGAGUGGAAAAGUUUAUUGA